AUGUACGUUGGUCCCACAGACAACAAGGCCAACCGCAACAAUCCCAACAACAGGCUUUUUUAUCCCAACGAACCAACUUACCAGUAUCAUGUCAUUGAUAUUCGUGCCAUGACCAACAUGAUGAAUCCAAACCAUGCAUUGUUUUAUCAUAGUGUUUCACAUGCUACGAUAUUGUAUGAACAAGCCAAACAACAAGCAAGAGAACAUGCGAAUAGGAAUAAUCCAAAUAAUCGAGCGUACAAGAAUGAUCAACAACAACAACCGGACAAUCAACCUUCGAUCGAAAUGAAUAGGAGAAAGUGA